CUGAGGCCACCGGAUCUCCAAGGGGAGAACCCUGGGCACUGUCCCACGUAACUCGCCUCCCUGGGCUCCGAGCCCGGGCAUGGCGAAGUCCCUGGAGGACUCUGCCCUGGUGGAGAUGUUUGGGCAGUACCAGCGGAGUCUCCGGGAGCAAGCAAGUGAAAGCAUUCACCAGCUGAAAUGUUCCCUGAGAAAAGGCAAUGUCACUGCCGGAGAAGAUUCACUGGAUCCUUCUUUUGGCACCAGUGGAGGAAAUGAGGACACUGGGACGGCCUGGCACGAACUACAGCACAGCCAUGCCGUUAAUCAACUGAAAGCUUUGUUGUACCAACAAGCGGUUAAGGAAAGUGAGGUAUCUCCAUCAAGAAGACGAAAAAUUUCCCCUCCAAGGUCAUCAGAAUGUGAGGAAACCAAUAUGCCUACUAUACAUAAUCUCAUCCCUAUCAUCCAUGAUCAGUCCCAAUACAUUCAUCAUUUAGAGGCAGAAGUCAAGUUCUGCAAGGAGGAACUCUCUGGAAUGAAAAAUAGGGUGCAGGUAGUUGUGCUUGACAAUGAACGGCUCCAACAAGAGCUGAAAGCUCAAAGACAAGAGGAAGCGAUGAGGGAACAAACACUUCUGGAUGCAUCUGGAAACUUGCAGAAUUCUUGGAUUACAACAGGUGAAGAUUCUGGGGUGCAGGAGGCUGCCAAGAAGUCGUUGUCCCAUAGCAAUGCAGAGAGGAUCAGCGCCUCAUCUGCUGAUGAGGCUAAGAAGUGGAAGCUAGAGCUGGAGAGGCUGAAACUUACUUAUGAGGAAAAGUGUGAAAUCCUGGAAUCUCAGUUGAGGUUCUUGAGGAAAGACUUAGCGGAAUCCCAGAAAAACUGUGAAGAUCUUAAAGAGCGACUGAAGCACAAAGAGGCUCUUCUUGCUGCUAAUAUUUCUGACCGAGUUGGUGGUCUUUGUUUGAAAUGUGCUCAGCAUGAAGCUGUUCUUUCCCAAACCCACAGUAAUGUUCACAUGCAGACCAUUGAGAGGCUGACUAGGGAGAGAGAUGACUUCAUGUCCGCGCUGGUUUCCGUAAGGAGCAGCUUGACGGACGUGCAGCAGAGAGAAGCCGGCGCCUACGAGCAGGUGAAGCUCGCUGUGCAGAUGACCGAGGAAGCCAAUUUCGAGAAAACCAAGGCUUUGAUCCAGUGUGAGCAGCUGAGGAGUGAACUGCAGAGGCAGGCAGAACGCCUUGAAAAAGAGCUGGCCUCUCAGCAGGAGAAAAGGGCCUCGGACAGAGAAAUGAUGGAGAAGGACCUGGCGAGAGAAAGGGAGGACAUGGGCUCCAAGAUGUUGGCUCUUUCUCAGAACAUUGCCCAGCUGGAGGCCCAGGUGGAAAAGGUGACAAGAGAGAAGGUUUCAGCUAUUAACCAACUAGAAGAAAUUCAAAACCAGCUUGCUUCCCGGGAGAUGGACGUCACAAAGGUGUGCGGGGAAAUGCGCUACCAGCUGAACAAAACCAAGCUGGAGACGGACGAGGCCGAGAGGGAGCAGAGAGAGUACAGGACGAAAACGAAAAGGGACCUUGAGAGGAAGGAUGAGAAUGAUCCGGUUUGUGCUCUUACAAGAACUUCAUUUAGAGUUGCCUCAAAUUAUCACCUUUCACACGCAAUGGAAAUCGAGAAACUGACGCUAGAACUGAGGGAAAACAGGCAGCACUUGGAACAGGAGCAGCAGAAGGCAGCCGGGGCCAGAGAGGAGCUCCUGAAGCUGACAGAGCUGCUGGGCGAAACUGAGCACCAACUGCACCUCACCAGACUGGAAAAAGAGAGCAUUCAGCAGAGCCUCAGCAGCAAAGCAAAGGCCCAAGCCCUUCAGGCCCAGCAAAGAGAGCAGGAGCUGACACAGAAGAUAGAGCAAAUGGAGGCCCAGCAUGACAAAACUGAAAAUGAACAGUAUUCAUUGCUGACCUCCCAGAAUACAUUUUUGACAAAGUUAAAGGAAGAGUGCUGUACAUUAGCCAAGAAACUGGAACAAAUCUCUCAAAAGAGCAGAUCCGAAAUAGCUCAGCUAGGUCAAGAAAAAAGGUAUACAUACGAAAAACUGAAAAAGUUACAGAAAAGAAAUGAUGAAUUGGAGGAACAGUGCGUCCAACAUGGGAGACUCCAUGAGAUUAUGAAGCAAAGGCUAAAGCAGCUGGACAAGCACAGCCAGGCCACGGCCCAGCAACUGGUUCAGUUGCUCAGCAAGCAGAACAAGCUCCUGCUGCAGAGACAGACCCUGUCGGAGGAGGUGGAGCAGCUGAGAUCCCAGUUACCCAGCAUGCCACAAUCUGAUUGCUGACCUGGAUGAAACAGACUGAAAUAAGUAAGUGAUUUACAAA